UAAAUUUAUUAUAAAAACGGUCAUUUAACGUUUUAAAAAUAAUUUGUUAUGAUUUCAAAACGCAAUGCGUAGUGAAAACAAAACGCAACAAACAUCAUUCUCAAAAAAAAGACGCGUCCUUCGCAACCACUUGUUUUGUUUUUGUAUAGUUUAGACUUUAGUUAUCAAUAAUAAACGUAAAGUAAUUACUGUCCAUAACGAUGUCAACAAUUAAAAAGCAUAUUUUUACUCCCCUCGAGAAGAAAACUUUUUUGGAUAUAUUGAAAAGAUACUCCUCGGUGAUAGAGAAUAAGGAUACCGAUGGCGCUUCAUUACGCGCAAAAAAUGAAGCUUGGGAUAUUGUAACCAGAGAGUACAACGCAAGCCCUCAUGCUACCAAUCAGGUUACAAAUAAACAACUUAGGAGAUUGUGGAUGAACCUCAAGCAGCGGCAAAGGGAAGCACUGACAAAAGAACGUCAACAUCGGCUAGCUACUGGAGGAGGGCCUGCAACCAGUGAUGCAGUUGUAGACCCAGAUGUGUCUGAGGUGGCCCCUGCUCUAAUAGUUGGUAUCGAUGAUGCUGUUGACUCUGAUACAAUUCCAGUAACCGCUGACCUUGCCGUCCAAGAAGUAAAUAUGGACUUGCAGCCCGUCUCUUGUCUUCCCUCAACUUCUUCCCAAAUACCAUCCACCAGUGCAUUUUCUUCAUCACCAUUCCCAUGCGCUGUUGUUACACAAGCACCACUUGCCCUUGCCCCAACCCGGACAACAUUGACACCACCUCCACCUGGAGUAGGUCCACUACUGUCUCUCACUGCAAACACUCCACCACCAGCUCUCCCUACAACCACUCCACCACCACCUCUCCCUACAUCCACUCCACCACCACCACCUCUUACUGCUUCCACUCCACCACCACCUCUUCCUACAUCCACUCCACCACCACGUCUUCCUACCCCACCUCCACGUUUUCCUACUCCACCUCUUAUUAACCCAUCAAAUACAGCUACCCAAACUUUUCAAAGGCAUAAAAGUUCUAUUCUGGAUAAGGAAUAUAAAGACAGACAGAGACGGGCUAAUGAGAUUCAUGAGUUGGAGGUUUUAUUGUUAAGAGAAAGAAUAAGAGAAGCGAAGGCGAGAGCAGACCUCGGUGUGCGUCAAGCUAGCGGCCUCAAAAAAAAAUGGGCACGAAAAAAUAAUUUGACCAUACCAAAAAAUAGUACUCUUAUUGAAAAAAAUAGUACCUGUUGUAAAAAAAUUAGUACCAUCACGGUUCUGGAUUUAUAGCCACGUUUUAUUGCACUUGCUAGCUUGACGGUGAGCGAAAUUUGGCGAGAGUUAACGACAAGGUCUUUUGCUUUGAUUUAAACGCCAAAAAAUAGUACCGAAAUAGUACUCACCCCCUGCAAAAUACCGAAAGUAGUACUUCAACGGUUCCAAAGUUAUAAAGGCAGUUCUUUGAUCCCGCUAGCUUGACGUUUUGAAAAUACCUAUUAUCUGGGGAACGCUUGCAUACUUCAGUAUGUAACUAAUGUCAAUAAACUCGUAUGAAAUAGUACUCCCUACCAUCAUAAUUUUGAUCCGAUUCUCUUUGUAGAAAUGUUAAAAAAUCAUCAUAACCUAUGCCAUACAUUUGUUGUUGAUACAGUCACGUAGACAAUUACAUAACCUCACAAUUUAUUCGUAAGUAUUGCCAUUUUGGAGGUCUACCCUACCAUUUCUUUGCACUUCAGAGUGCUGCUAUUACAAAAAAAUCCUAUUGCAUACACCCAUAUGCACUAAUUUUAAUAUAAAAUGGCUGCAUGGGUCUAGUUCUUAUCGAAAACAAUCUGUGAUUUUAAUACAUCAUAAUACAUAUUUAAUCUGCUGUUUUAUUUUAUAAUUUAUAAUUGUUUGUCAUGUUGAAUUUGUUACGGAUCGAAGUGUUUGUUAAUAAACAAUUUGCAGUACUUAUUUAUAGAAUAACUCAAAGAGUUUCAACAAUGAUAUUACUUUCAUCUGACAACCCUGGCACUUCACCAAUUUUUACCCAAAAAUGGGGAAAAAAUACUAAAAUCUGACAACAUUCUUGACCAUGUGUAAUAAUUUUGUUCGCGACUGUACUUGUCUUGAUAAAUGUAUGAUACAGGUUAUAAUGACUUUUUGACAUAUUUCUACAAAGAGAAUCAGGUCCAAAUUAUGAUGGUAGGGAGUACUAUUUCAUACGAGUUUAUUGACAUUAGUUACAUACUGAAGUAUGCAAGCGUUCCCCAGAUAAUAGGUAUUUUCAAAACGUCAAGCUAGCGGGAUCAAAGAACUGCCUUUAUAACUUUGGAACCGUUGAAGUACUACUUUCGGUAUUUUGCAGGGGGUGAGUACUAUUUCGGUACUAUUUUUUGGUGUUUAAAUCAAAGCGAAAGACCUUGUCGUUAACUCUCGCCAAAUUUCGCUCACCGUCAAGCUAGCAAGUGCAAUAAAACGUGGCUAUAAAUCCAGAACCGUGAUGGUACUAAUUUUUUUACAACAGGUACUAUUUUUUUCAAUAAGAGUACUAUUUUUUGGUAUGGUCAAAUUAUUUUUUCGUGCCCAUUUUUUUUUUGAGGCCGCUAGCUUGACGCACACAGACCUCGCAGAACUUCAACUGCAGCAGCAGUGUUCGUCAGAUACUGCAACUGAUGCCUGAAGAGGGGAUGUGGC